ACCAGAACAAAAACGGGGGGAAAUAACGGAUCCGGCUCGGGUCCAGUUUGAUGAUGGAGUGCGGGAUUUAGGCCAUUUUAAGAGCGUGUUUUAAACGGUUGGGCGGGACAUUAUGUUUGUCAGUUUAGCAGCGCAGGGAACCAUCAGCCACACCCCGCCGAGCAGCUCAUGUUACUGUUAGCUCCGAGCCGCUGAGGCUAGGCUAACAGUUAGCUUAGCUAUCAGUUAGCUUAGCUCCGAGCCGCUAAGCUAACAGUUAGCCGAGGCGGUAACGGCGGCGGUCGAGCUUCCCGGCAGAGCCUGUUAAAGCAGCACACGGUCGUUUGGAAACCGGAACCGACUCCGGCAUCUGUCCAAAGCCAGGAGGGACCUUGGUGGAAAUGCGCCAGAUGUGUUGAGAGGAAAGCCGCUUCUAGCUGGGCUGCUAAUCGUCUUUCGUUCCGGAUCGGAACCACAAAAAGCUGCGGCCCUGGCCAUGCCCUCGAAUGCUCGGGCAGGAAAUCUGAAGGACCCGGACGUGGCAGAUCUCUUCUGCAAAGAUGAUCCGGAGAAGCUGUUUGCCGACCUGCGUGAGAUCGGCCACGGCAGCUUCGGAGCCGUGUACUUUGCUCGUGACGUGCACAGCAAUGAAGUGGUGGCCAUCAAGAAAAUGUCGUACAGUGGGAAACAGACAAACGAGAAGUGGCAGGACAUCAUCAAAGAGGUGAAGUUCCUGCAGAGACUUCGACACCCCAACACCAUCGAGUACCGAGGCUGCUACCUGAAGGAGCACACGGCAUGGCUGGUGAUGGAGUACUGCCUCGGCUCUGCCUCAGACCUUCUCGAAGUUCACAAAAAGCCCCUCCAGGAGGUGGAAAUAGCUGCUAUUACCCAUGGUGCACUGCAGGGAUUAGCUUACCUUCACUCCCACAACAUGAUCCACAGGGACGUGAAAGCAGGAAACAUUCUGCUGACGGAGCCCGGUCAGGUCAAACUGGGAGACUUCGGCUCAGCCUCCAUCGUGUCUCCGGCCAACUCGUUCGUGGGGACGCCCUACUGGAUGGCUCCGGAGGUGAUUUUAGCCAUGGAUGAGGGUCAGUACGAUGGGAAAGUGGACGUGUGGUCUCUGGGCAUCACCUGCAUCGAGCUGGCUGAGAGGAAGCCCCCGCUGUUCAACAUGAACGCCAUGAGUGCCUUAUACCAGAUCGCCCAGAACGAGAGUCCUGUCCUGCAGUCCAACCACUGGUCCGACUCGUUCUGCAGCUUCGUGGACUCGUGUCUGCAGAAGAUCCCUCAGGACCGGCCCACGUCAGACGUGCUGCUCAACCACCGCUUCCUGUGCCGCGAGCGUCCGCAGACGGUCGUCAUGGACCUGAUCGCACGGACCAAAGAUGCCGUGAGGGAACUGGACAACCUGCAGUACCGCAAGAUGAAGAAGAUCCUGUUCCAGGAGAGCCAGCAGAACGGACCCGUGUCCGAGGGGGGUGAUGACGAAGAGGAGGCGGAGCCGUACUUGCUGCAGACAGGAACCAUCAACAGCAUGGAGAGCUCGCAGUCCGUCCCCAGCAUGUCCAUCUCUGCCAGCUCUCAGAGCAGCUCUGUCAACAGCCUGGCUGACGGCUCCGACGACAGCAGCACCGAGAUGGCCAUGAUGCAGGAGGGGGAGCACACCGUCGCCUCCAACAGCUCCAUCAUCCACCGGCCCACGGGUCAGGACAACAUCUACGAUGACCCGUACCAACCAGAGAUGGAGCCUCAGGUUCCAUCAGCUGGACGCCGGCGAGCCUUCUACCGCAAUCGAGACCACUUCGCCACCAUCCGCACCGCCUCUCUGGUGACCCGUCAGAUCCAGGAACACGAGCAGGGCUCGGCGCUGAGAGAGCAGAUGUCAGGUUACAAACGGAUGAGGCGACAGCACCAGAAGCAGCUGAUGGGUCUGGAGAACAAGCUGAAGGCUGAGAUGGACGAACAUCAGCUGAAACUGGACAAGGAGCUGGAGAACCAGAGGAACAACUUCUCCAUGGAGGCUGAUAAGUUGUCCAAGAAGCACCUGGCCAUCAUGGAAAAGGAGACUAAAGCUGCUCUGGCAGAAGAGAGGAAGUUCCAGCAGCAGAUCUUGGGUCAGCAGAAGAAAGAACUGAACUGUUUGCUGGACUCCCAGAAGCGGCAGUAUCGCCUGCGCAAGGAGCAGCUGAAAGAGGAGCUGAACGAGAACCAGUCGACUCCGAAGCGGGAGAAGCAGGAAUGGUUGAUCCGUCAGAAGGAGUGUCUGCAGCAGAUGCAGGCGGAGGAGGAGGCCAGCCUGCUGAGGAGGCAGAGGCAGUACUACGAGCUGCAGUGUCGUCAGUACAAGAGGAAGAUGCUGCUGGCUCACCACAACCUGGAGCAAGACCUGCUCAGAGAGGAGCUGAACAAGAAGCAGACGCAGAAGGACCUGGAGUGCGCCAUGCUGCUGCGCCACCACGAGUCCACCCAGGAGCUGGAGUUCAGACAGCUCAGCAUAGUGCAACGAACCCGGGCCGAACUGAUCCGAACACAGCACCAGACAGAACUCACCAACCAGAUGGAGUACAACAAGCGGCGCGAGCACGAGCUGCGACAGAAGCACACUGUGGAGGUCCGCCAGCAGCCCAAGAGCCUCAAGUCCAAAGAGCUGCUGAUCAAACGUCAGUUCCAGGAAACCUGCAAGAUCCAGACCCGUCAGUACAAAGCCCUGAGGAACCAUCUGCUGGAGAACACGCCCAAAUCCGACCACAAGACCGUCCUCAAACGCCUCAAAGAUGAGCAGACCCGUAAACUGGCCAUCUUGGCCGAGCAGUACGACCACUCCAUCAAUGACAUGUUGUCCACGCAGGCAGUCAGCAAGAUCCGGUUGGACGAGACCCAGGAGACGGAGUACCAGGUUCUGCACAUGCAACUGCAGCAGGAGCUGGAGCUGCUCAACGCCUACCAGAGUAAGAUCAAGAUCCACACGGACACGCAGCACGAGCGGGAGGUGAAGGAGCUGGAGCAGAGGGUGUCCAUCCGCCGAGCGCUGCUGGAGCAGAGGAUCGAGGAGGAGAUGCUCUCCGUUCAGACGGAGCGCUCCGACCGGAUCCGGACGCUCCUGGAGCGCCAGGCUCACGAGAUCGAGGCCUUCGACUCGGAGAGCAUGCGUCUGGGCUUCAGCAACAUGGCGCUGACCGGGAUCUCGGCCGAGGCCUACAACCAGGGCUACCCGACCCCCAGCCCCUCCUCCGGCGCCGGUGGGUGGCCGUCACGGCCCGUCCCGCGCUCUGGCAGCCACUGGAGCCACAGCGUGCAAAACUCUGUGGCCACGCCCUCCUGGCGCAGUCAGAACCACGGCGAGCUGAUGAAGAGCGGCAGGGGUCACCCCCCCUCCUCCUCCCACCUCCAGCAGCACCACCAGCACCACCAGAGCACGCCACAGCUGUACCGCGACGAGCGCGACCUGCGGGAGCGUGCCCGUGAGUGGGUGGGAGGGGGGGGACACUACUCCCACCACCCCCAGAGCCUCCACCUUGUCUCCACCCACUCCUCCUCUCAUUCCAUGGCUCUCCUGCCCCCGCCAUCCCAGCCCCCUCCCAUCUCGCUGUCCUCCUCCUCCCCUCCCUCCUCUGCCUCCUCCUCCUCGUCCUCCUCACAGGGGGGCUACGGAGGCGGGGGCCUGAGUCUGAGCAUCAGGGGCCCCGGCCUGAUGGCCCUCAGGAACAGCCCCCAGCCGCUGAGGAGGACGGCCUCCGGGGGCCCGGGAGGUGGGGGAGGCAGUGACGGGGGCCUCAGCCGGAGCACGUCCGUCACCUCCCACAUCUCCAACGGAUCUCAUCUGUCCUACUCAUGAAACCAGCACGAGGUCCCCUCCCCACCAAUACCAGAACGAGGACUUGGGGGUGGGGGGUUGUUUUCGAAGGUGCUCCUCUUCAUCAAAGAGCCUCCAGAGUCAUUCGAGUCUCUGGGUUUUAAACCGAGUCCAAG